AUGAGUAGGUUGUUAUUAGGAAGAAGCAGCUAUAAACUUGUGAGUCUACCUAGAAUUUCUAGUCGACUCAAUGCUGUUGACACGACUAGAUGUUAUUCAGACCUUCUAUCUCGUAAACAGUCUAAAAAGGUAUCUGUCCAACCGACUUCUCCAGUUGUUACUAGAUUUGCACCGAGUCCUACAGGUUUAUUACAUAUAGGAUCCUUGAGAACUGCUUUGUAUAAUUUCCUUCUCGCUCGUAAUACUAAGGGUAAAUUCAUAUUAAGAUUGGAGGACACAGAUAGAACAAGGCUAAAACCAGAGGCAGAACAAAAUAUAUAUGAUACAAUGGAAUGGUGUGGGUUUAAAAUUGAUGAGGGUCCUAUUAAGCAAAGUGAGAGGAAAGAAAUAUAUGCGAAGUACAUUCAGAUAUUGCUGGAUAAAGGGAAGGCCUACCGCUGUUUUUGUAGUAAAGAGAAAUUAGAUGCGUCGAGAUUGGAUGGGUAUGAUAGACACUGUUUCCAUCUGUCAGAAGAAGAGAUUUCAGCUCAAAUGAAGGAGAAAGGUGGGAAAUUUAUUGUUAGAUUUAAAGCACCUGAAAAAUACGAAAGUUUUACUGAUCUAUUACAUGGUCAAGUUAACAUUCAAGAUAGAAAGGAUAGGAUCGGUUAUGAUGAUCUAGUAUUGCUAAAAUCAGAUGGUAUGCCAACUUACCAUUUUGCAAAUGUUGUUGAUGAUCAUCUCAUGGGUGUCACACAUGUUAUAAGAGGAGAGGAAUGGUUACCUUCUACUCCAAAACAUAUUAUGUUGUACAACGCAUUUGGUUGGACUCCAUCGAAAUUCAUACACAUUCCACUAUUAACAAGCAUUGAAAGUGAUAAAAAAUUAAGCAAAAGAAGGAAUGAUGCAUCUGUUUUCGCUUUAAAAGAGAAAGGUAUACUUCCAGAGGCUCUGAUAAACUUCUGUGCAUUAUUAGGUUGGUCACCUCCAAGAGAUGUGGCUCAGAAGAACCACGAAUGUUUCUCCCUUGAAGAAUUGACUCAAUUGUUUAAUCUUGACCACCUUACCAAGGGUAACGUAAAAGUUGAUAAUAGCAAGCUAUUAUUCUUUAAUAAACAUUUUUUACAAAAGAGAAUUGAAAAUGAAUUACAACUAGAAGAGUUGGUUUCCACUGUUAUUCCUAAACUCUUAGCUAAAUAUGAGACCCCGGAUGAGAUACAACUGACAGAGAAAGUGAAACUAAUACUUAAGGACUGCGGUCAUUGUUUGAAUACUAUUAAUGAUUUUGAAGACCAAUUUUCGUAUUUCUUUAAUCUACCAGAUUAUUCCGUUCAUUCAGAAGAGACACAGAAAUUCUUCAAGAGUAAUAAUAGAGAUACCAUUAUAUCCAUCCUGGAAACCUCCAGAACUAAGUUAAUGUCUUCCACGAUACAAGAAACGAUAUCCGAAACCACAAAGACUUUAGGUGUGAAUAAGAAACUUUUAUUCCAAUCUCUUCGCUUUGCUCUUUCAGGCAAUGUAUCGGGUGCCAAGAUUCAUGUUAUUUUAGAUAUAUUAGGGGCUGUUGAAUCUCAAAAUAGGUUACAGGCAGCAAUCGAACAUUUAAAAAAUAUGUAA